GUUGGUGGGAUCCCUGUGAGUCAGGGUAGUCAUGGUAGCAGCAUGGUGGGUGUCUAUUGAUCAUGGAACCCUUGGGAAAUGGGAUGAGGGGUGUCUGUGGGAACCCCAUGGGUCAGGGUGGUCACGGGAGCAGGAUGAGGGGUGUCUGUGGGGUCCAAAUGGGUCAAGGUUCAUGGUGGUGGUGUGGUGGCCAUGGGAGUUCCACCAUCCCAAAGGGGAGGUCCCAUUCCAUCCUAUCCCAUCCCAGACCUUGUCCCCACUGCCAGCCCCAUGGAGGCGGGGCCCCGUCCUUCCCGCCCCUGGCCAUGGGGCCCGGCCCCACAGCAUUUAGGGACCCCCACCCCAAGCCUCAGCAGUGCCUGCCUGGCCUCGCGCUCCUCCAGCUUCCACACAAGCUCCCAGGUAAGCACUGUGGGGUCCCCAAAACUGGCACUCCCUGCAUGGUGCCCCUCUGACACCCCCCGUGCUGGGGGGCUGUGGGGCACAGGGGGUGUUCCCUCAAGGAACGGUGGGUGUCUGGGCAUGGAGAGGGAGAGGGUGACAGAUGGGGGACUGCAGCUCUGCCCCCCGGGUUUGGGGGUGUCUUGUCCCUGAGGUCCCCGUAGGUGACCCUACAUCGGCAGGGCAGCCUGGGAACGUCAGUGUCCAGAGGAUGGUGAUUAUCCCGGGAAUCCCAGGCAUCUCCCAGGGCCUCCGGCAGCUGCCCUGGGUUGAGUCACCCCACAACCAGGACGGCCCCGAGCACCAAGCCGCCCUUCAAAGGGCCACCACGCUCUCCAUGGAGACCGGCAGCUCCUUCCAACAGCUUGGCAUUCAGCAGGCCCUCGAGCCCCCCAGGCAGCAGCUCCUGGGCUGCGGCAAGUGCAGCAGCACGGGCAGUGAUCCUGGCAAAGAUCCUGGGAAAGCUGCUGGGUGCAGUGGAGGCAGCGGGAUCGGGAAGGGGCCGGUGCCAAUGGUCUGCAGCACUCCGUGUGGGAACCCCUAUGCAGGGCUGGUGAGCCACCUGCGGGCAUCCUGGCUCUCUGGGAAGACGCGGCCCCUGGAAUACCGCGUGGCACAGCUGGAGGCUCUGGGACGCUUCCUGGAUGACAAGAAGCAGGAGAUCCUGGAAGCCACUGAAUUGGAUAUGGGCAAGCCAUCCUUCGAGGCUUUCUUCAGUGAGAUCCUCCUCUGCAAGAAUGAGCUCAACGUCACCCUCAACAACCUGUCCCACUGGAUGAAGGAUGAGUAUGUGGACAAGAACCUGGUGAUGCAGCUGGACUCUGCCUUCAUCCGCAAGGACCCCUACGGGGUGGUGCUCAUCAUAGCACCCUGGAACUACCCCAUCCACCUCUUCCUGGUGCCCCUCAUUGGGGCCAUCGCUGCCGGGAACUGUGCCAUCAUCAAACCCUCAGAGAUCUCCAAGAACACAGAGAGGCUCGUUGCUGAGACACUGAGCUGUUACCUGGACAAUGACUGCUUUGCUGUGGUGACCGGCGGCGUGCCGGAGACCACCAGGCUGCUGGAGAACAAGUUUGACUACAUCUUCUUCACUGGCAGUCCCCCGGUGGGGCGGAUCGUGAUGAAAGCUGCUGCCAAGCACCUGACACCGGUGACGCUGGAGCUGGGGGGCAAGAACCCCUGCUAUGUGUCCAACACCUGUGACGUGACCAACGUGGCGCGGCGCGUGGUCUGGGGCCGCUUCUUCAACGCGGGCCAGACCUGCAUCGCGCCCGACUACCUGCUCUGCACCUUAGAGAUGCAGGAGAAGCUCAUGCCCGCCCUGCGCGAGGCCAUCACCGAGUUUUUCGGCCCCAACCCCCGGGAAUCCCCGGAUUUCGGCCGCAUUGUCAGUGAGAAGCAUUUCCAGCGCCUGCGGGCGCUGCUGGGCAGCGGGCGCGUGGCCAUCGGGGGACAGACGGACGAGGCCGAGCGCUACAUCGCUCCCACGGUGCUGGCAGAUGUGCUGCCCUCAGACCCUGCCAUGCAGGAGGAGGUCUUUGGGCCCAUCCUGCCCAUCGUCGUCAUCGCCAACAUGGAUGAAGCCAUUGACUUCAUCAACGCACGGCCGCAGCCAUUGGUUGUCUAUGCCUUCUCCUGCGACAGCAAGAUAGUGAACCAGGUGCUGGAGCGGACGAGCAGCGGAGGCUUCUGUGGCAAUGACACCCUGAUGCACCUGACACUGAGCUCUCUGCCCUUCGGAGGCAUUGGGAACAGCGGCCUGGGAAAAUACCAUGGGAAGUUCACUUUUGACACCUUCUGCCACCACCGGGGCUGCCUGCACCGGAGCAUGGGGCUGGAGACGCUCAACAGCCCGCGCUACCCGCCCUACACCCAGCAGAAGCUGGGGCUCCUCACGACCACCUUCGAGGUGAAGCGCAGGGGCACCUGCACCCUGCUCUGA